UCUCCUUGUGGGAGCCAACUCCUUGUGGGCUGGAACCAUGGGUAGAUAGACAAGUUCCCUUUCCCCAGGAGAGGGCUCAGGGCCAUGACACAGGGACAUUAUCCGGGACUGCUGGCUGCUCAUCUGGGCUUGUCUGGCAACUCCCUGGCCCUCAGGCAAGUCACCUCCAGGGCCAGAGCAGGGGGCAGUGCUCCCAGGCUUUUAUGUGCUGCAAAAUCUGUCCUGAGCUGAGCGUGUUGCUCGGCAUGAAGCCGUGGGCUCGUCUGGGGAACUGGGAGGCUGCGAGCUGUAGCCAGCAUUGCUGGCAGCUUCCUGAAUCACCCCAGGUGAGACGCUUGUCAGGCUUGUGCCACUGCUGCUCCUGCCCGUGAGGUGAAAUGUCUGCGUAGCCCUUCGCAGCCUUCCCUCGCGGGAGGGAGGUGUGGAGUCUGCAGCCGCUGCCUGCCGGCGGCGCAAGCUGCGGUGGGAAGAUGCAGCACCCGUGCUCUCCCAUGCUGCUGACCCUGUCCUUCGCCAUGCCCGAGGCAGAGGGUGAGUCAAGUUGCGGUUCCUCCGCUUCCCUCGCUUCGUCUUUAUACUUUCAAGCUGGGAGUGAGAGACCUGCAAAGCCCGGAGCGGGGUUUGCCAUCUGUGCAUAGCACUCCAGUGCCCCGGCCUGGAGGCAGGUCUUGUAUGCCCUGAGGCAGGAGGAGGUGUUAGAGCUGCCUCCUGCACCCCGUGGGAGCACGUGGCUGCAUCCCAGACCCUUCUUGGUGACGUCCAGCUGAGAUGAAAAGACAUUGGUCCCGUUUCCCUCCCCCAGCCCCUUGCCCCCUUAGCCGUGGCUCGUCCCUGCGGGAGGCAGGCUGCCGGCCUCGCGCGGAGCCCCUGCCUCGGGGCCGCCUCCGCCUCCCUCCCCGCGGCCGUGCCGCCCCGGACGCAGCCGGCGGGGAGCCCGGGGCUUCGCUGGCUCCCCGCGGCAGUCCUGCCGCGAGCGUAGGAGGAGACGGGGAAGCGGAGCCGCGCCGAGGGUCGGUGCUGUGCCCAGGCGGAGCUGGGCGCCGUCCGCCCGCUGCGCGCAGAAGACCCGCCGGCGGGACGCGCUGCCGCGGAGGAGAGGCCGCCCGAGGGAGGUGUCGCGCCGAGGGCCGGAGCGCAGGUCAGAGCCCCCGUCGCCCGGCGCCGUGCCCUCCGAGGAAGGAACCGGGGGCGGCCGGGGCCGCUCGGCCGCCGCCGCGCGGGACCCUCGCGGGCCGGGCCGGGCCGCUCCUUGCCCGGCGCCCGUCCUGGGGCGCGCGGCGGACGCGAGCCGUCCUCCUCCCCCAGGCAGCCCCACGUCCGCCCCCCCCACCGGUGACCUUUUUGUACGGUCACGUCUUUUUCUAUGCGUGCUGGGGUCCCCCGAGCCCCGGUCCCCUACGCGACCCGCGUGCCAGCGAGCGGAGGCGGGCGCCCGGGCCCCCGUCUCUCCCCACACUCCUUUCCCGGGCGGAGAGCGGAGGCAGGCGGAGGGGCCGGGGGGGGCCGGGCCCCAGCCUGGGCGCUGCGCUCCUCGCUCCGGUUAUUGCUCUUCCCUCGGCAGGGAGGUGGGAAGAGGACGCAGCGAUGGCUCAGGGCAGGGCACCGCAGGGCCCGGGCGGGCGCUUCUCUGCGCUGCUCCGCUGGCGCUGGAGAAGGAGCAGCGCUUCGCCUAGGGCGACCUUGAGCUCGCGGCCGGCAGCACUGGCGUGCGGACCGGGGCCAGGACGUGCCGCUCCAGGGCGCGGAGCCGCCAGGAAGCCAGCCGGGGCGGCGACGGGCUCGCCCGGCUCCCGCGGGCGGCGCGGGGGCCAGGAUGCGGCGGCGGCCGGCACCGCGGUCUUUGCGCGAGCUGCUGGCCCGCGCCGUAGCGCGUCCCUUCUCCCCCGGGGAGACCCGCCACGGCCGCCUGCUCUGCUGCGUUCUUUCGGUUUUGUUUCGGGUGAAAUCACAUUGACAUGUCGUGCCAAACACCGAAAUAGAAUCCUGGAAACGGAGACGUGGCUCUGGGCUUUUGUUGAUCUUUUCCCUCCUCGGCUGGCAGAUCGUGUUUGGGAGAUCGUGUUUCCUGCUCCUCUGGCACCGCGUCCGGUGCGGGUGCACGUGCCGGCGUGGGUGCGGGUGCCGGUGCAGGUCCCGAUGCGGGUGCCGGUGCCAGCGCCCCGCAUCCGCCUCCUGCUGACCCUGCUCUGCUGGGCCACGGCCGCCCGCAGCCCAGGCGCCGCUGCCCAGCCGCCGCCGCUCAGCAUCACCCUGCUGGGGGUGCCGGCGGAGCCCCCCCGCCCGGGCGACAACGUGACGGUGUCGUGCAAGGCGCUGAGCGGCCUCCCCGAGCUCACGCUGCUCUACUGGCUGGGCAACGGCUCCUUCGUGGAGACGCUCUACCCGGACGGGGCCGUGCGCGAGGGCGACGUGCAGGAGGAGCCGCGGGGCCGGGGGGCGACCCUGCGCCGGGACCUGCACAUCGGCUCCUUCGGCGCCCGGGAGCUGCACACCAACUUCACCUGCGUGGCGCUGAGCCCCGGGGGCUUCAGCGCCCGCCAGAUGCGCUGGGCGCCCGCCCAGGGCCCGGGGCUGGGCUGA